CGAAGUUUUAAACUCUUGGAUGGAAGAAUACGCUGUCGAAUCAAAAUUCAGUUAACAGUCAUCCAAGAUUCUGAGUUUAGCAAUCUUCAGCUUCCAUUCUACCGAACAAAGCCCCGUCUUUCCUCUUCAAGUAGUCGGGAUAGUCCUCACGCACCAGUUUCCUUUCUGCAUCUCUAAACUAUCCACUUCGGUUUGAACUCACGCGUAAACAUCGCGUUUAGUAAUUCAUUUGCUGGGUGCAGCUCGAUCUCAGCUUGGGAAGGCGUGGUUUAGUGUUUGAGACGCUCGAAUUGUCAUUUCGCUGACUCUUUGAAAAGUUAAUUAGGGUUUCUGAGAUCCGUCAACAGUAAAAUUUGACGACUGAUGAGUCUUUCCUGCAGCAUACCAUCUUUCGUAUCUGAGCAGGUGGUUUGACAGGGGCGCUGUAUUGGUGGAGGUAGACUUGGGAUUGAGGUUGAAUAUGGGAUUUACGCUGAUGUUCGUUUUACUUCCGGGCCCAGAUUGAAGUGUUUGGUGACAAACUAGGGUUUUGCAUUGUAAAGGUUUGAAUUGGUAUUUGUUGUUGACUUCUUGGUUUGGCUGUAGGGUGGAGGACUGCAGUUGCCAGUUUCAAGCAUGUAUCUUUAAAAAUAAGAUUUUGCGGUUCUUUUGGUGUUGUAAGAGUUUCUCCGUUAGUAGAGUAGAAAUAGAAAAGAAAUGUUCUAUUCACAGUUUAUACUCGCUAAAAAGGGCCCUUUAGGGACCAUAUGGAUAGCUGCACAUCUGGAGAGAAAGCUACGAAAGAAUCAGAUUGCUGAUACUGAUAUUGGCGUCUCUGUAGACACAAUUCUUUCCCCUGAUGCUCCAAUUGCUCUCCGUUUAUCUAGCCAUCUUCUGCUUGGUGUUGUGAGGAUAUACUCUAGAAAGGUGAACUACCUUUUUGAUGACUGUAGUGAGGCUUUGCUCAAGGUCAAACAAGCUUUUCGCUCAACAGCUGUGGAUUUACCUCCGGAAAAGUCUAAGGCACCAUACCACUCUAUCACAUUGCCCGAGACUUUUGAACUUGAUGAUUUUGAACUUCCAGACAUUGACACUAUUCACGGUAACUAUGUAGACCAUCAUGUGAGCUCAAGAGAGCAAAUUACACUCCAAGACCCCAUGAAAGGUGUUGCUUACUCCACAUCUAAAUUUGGACCGGAUGAGAGGUUUGGUGAUGGCGAUACUUUAGGUUUAGACUUUGAUGAGGAUUUAUUUUUGGACAAUGUUGCUGCCACAGGAGAUGCUGGUGUAAGUGUUGACGCUCAAGUGUCUGUUGAACCUAUGACGCCUUUGAAGCAAGAUGAACUUCAUGAUGCUAUGGCUGCAAAUUCAGAGAGCAUGGUUGAUGGUGCUGAAGGAGAUACUGAUUUCGUGGAGUAUGCACAUGCCCCAUGCACCCCUGGGCUAGCAGAGGAGCCAGAUUUAUCUAACAUUCAAGAGACUUCUGCAUGUGAUGACCAUUUAGAAAAUGAGUACCAGAAUCCAACUAAAUCAAUCAUAGGAGGCGUGCAUAAUAUUCCCUUGGGAGAUGAUGUUUGUGAUGGGAGUAGUCUCACCAGGCAUAUGCCUAUGCCAAAUAAUGCACAUCCUGAUGCAGUUUUAGAUACCCAGUUUGAGGAGAAUGGAUGCCAUUCAGGAGCUGUACAGUUUCCAUCUUCUGAAGUUGCUUUUGAAUGUUUUCCAUUGGAUAACCACACUUUGGUGUCUGAAACACCAGCUCAUGUUAAUCCGAUCAGUGCACCUUUGCAAGAGUUAACUGAUGAGACUGUUAAGCCAUCUGAUGAUCCCAAAGAGGCAGAAAUAACUCAGAAUCAGAUUUUUUACAAUGACAAGGUUGACAUAUCUUCACACAGUGGCUUGGACAAAGACUACCCAAGUCACGAUGGAAUUAAUUUGGAAGAAGAUGCAUGCAAUAUUCCUGGUUUAAAGAGUAUUGAAUUUUCAGUUUCAGCUGAUGCUAUGCAAGUCUGUCAGACAUCACCUCAUGGAAAAGAACCAGAAAUUCAUCAGGAGCAAAUAAAUUCCAUCAAUUUAAUGAACUCAGCCCAAUUUCACACUCUGAAACCAUGCAAUGCUCAGAACCAAGCUGAUACAUCAAAACCUUGCAGUGAACACCUUGAUCUUGAGAUACAAUCUGAUUGUAAUGGCCUCUAUUCUCCUAAAACUUCUGAACUACACAUCUCAUCUACUUUAGAACCUUCUAUUGUCCAAGGUGAGACAUGUCCUCUUACCGAGAAUUUCGAACAAAUAUCCUGUGAGAAUCACGAGGAAGUGCCUAAACUGUGCAUAGUCAGUCAGGCAAGUCGUGAGAAAUCAAAUGUUCUAGUGGAGGAUGUCGCUGUCAUUUCUGCGCAUUGCCCAGAACAAAAUCCAUGUAACUCAGCUCUUCAAGAAGUGCCUAAACUGUGCGGAGUCAGUCAGGCAAGUAGUGAGAAAUCAAAUGUUCUAGUGGAGGAUGUCACUGUCAUUUCUGCGCAUUGCCCAGAACAAAAUCCAUGUAACUCAGCUCUUUCUGAUCUUCCAACACCUGAGAAAUUUGUGUCUAUACCAGGAGGAGUUGUUGAUUUACAAAGAGGUGUUUUAGUAGAGGAUUCACAAGGAUUGUCAGGUAGGAUUAAUGACAGUUGUCCUAGUGAUUCCAAAUUCAUAUCUGGAAGAAAGCGCAGUUAUACUGAGAGCACACUAACAGAACAAAGUCUAAACUCAUUUGAAUCGUCAAGGAUGACCCAUUCCAGAACCACAGAACUUAUUCCCAAUGAUGAAGAUUUGUUGUCUUCCAUACUCGCGGGGAAAAGAUCAUCAACCCUGAAAUUUAAGCCCACUCCUCAUGAUAAGUCAUCUAUCAAACGCCGUCGUGUUGCCCGGUCUAGUAUUUUAAAGAGGAAAGUGCUUAUGGAUGACACCAUGGUGUUGCAUGGGGAUACUAUACGGGAACAACUAACUUAUACUGAAGAUAUACGUCGCGUACGCAAGAGAGCUCCUUGUACAUGUUCUGAAAUUUCAUUGAUAGAGAAGCAAAUUUUGGAAGAUCAAAUUUUCAGUGAAACAUUACUAACUGGUGUUUCAAUGGAAUUGGGGUGUUUGCACAAGGAAACAUUUGAUCUGAUGGGUAUCAAGGUCUUGAGGGAAAAUUAUCCAAAGCAAACAUCUGUGCGUGAUGAAAACAGUAAGACAUUGGGCAUCCAAAUUUCUGACAAGUUUGAUGGACCACAUACUACAAGGGAAAAUGAGAGUGGAGGUGCUGAUGAACUUUCAGUAAGAAGAGACGAUGGAGACGUAGAUGCUAUCCUUGCCACAAACAAGCAGGGUGAACAUGACAACCAAUCUUUAGAUGAUAAUAAUGCCACCCAAAUGCUCAUGGACAGUGGCGAACAUGACGACCAAUCUUUAGAUGAUAAUAAUGCCACCCAAAUGCUCAUGGACACCACUGUCGAUGUAGAUGAAGCUCAUGCUUUACAACUUGAGUUUUCAAGAAAUGCAGUUGAGGCAGAAAUUGAUGGAGCAAAAGACACGGCUUUGGCUGCAGAUGGGUUUCUAUGCCAUACUAAUGGUGCUUCGGGUGAUUUAGCUGAAGCUAACACAUCUCAAUGUGAGGUUUCUGGUAAUGCAGUCGAGGUAGGAAUUGAACAAGUUAACAACUCUUUAUGUGAUGAAUUGGCUGGAUUUGGGUCUCUAUACCCCACAGAUGGUGUUUUAGCUAAAGCUAAUGCUUCUCAACUUGAACAUUCUGGAAAUGCUGUUGAUAUGGAACUUGAUCAAACAAACACUUCACUUGACGAUGCAGAAAACAAUGCUUUGGCUGGAGUUGGGUGUCUAUACCCUAUGCAUGAUGUUUUAGCCAAUGCUAAUGCGUCUCAACUUGUGUUGUCUGGAAUUGGAAUUGAGCCAGGAUUCGACCAAACAAACGCUUCACUCGAUAAUGAUAAUGCUGCUUCCGCUGGAGUAGGGUUUCAGUACCCUUCUGAUGCUGCUUUGGGUAUUUCAUCUAGGUUGGUAGUUACUGAUUGUGAUGCAUCUAAUGGCCUGGAUUCUUCUAUGCAAUUAAAUGGAUCUUGCAUGUCAAAUGAGCACGAGAUGGGUAAUGAAGAUUUUGUGCCGACAAACAUGAGCUGUGAUAAACUCAUUAAUGAUAAUAAUCUUCUAGAAGGUAAUACUGUUGAUAUUGCUGAAAUUGAAAAUUACCCCCGAGCCAAGGAAGAUGUAUCAUCGGGUGUAGCUCAAGUUGAUGCUGAAGUUGAAGCUAAUAAAGAUAUCAGAGUAGAGUAUGAUCCCCAGUUCUUGACUAAUAAUGUUAUAUGUGGUGAGAACCUUACAGUAGAUGACACCACAGGUGCUGGAGAAAUUCCUUCUGAACAGGAAACUUAUCUACAAAGCCUGUUUGAUGGAGAAGUAUCUGUUAUAGAGCUUAAUGUUCCAGAUGUUUCAAAUUACUCUGGUGCUAUGAAUGAUACAGGGUUCCUAAAUGACGAUCAUGACGACGAUGAAGAAGCUGGAGAGGCUGGUGAUGGUACGUUUGAUGCUGAAAAAGCAUGUUUAACUGAAAACAGUGGGUGGUCUUCCCGUACUAGAGCUGUUGCUAAGUAUCUCCAGACUGUGUUUAGCAAGGAAACAGAACAUGGAAGGAACACUAUUUCCUUGGACAGCCUUUUGGCUGGCAAAACACGCAAGGAAGCUUGUAGGAUGUUUUUUGAAGCUUUGGUUCUUAAAACAAAAGACUACGUCCACGUGGAGCAGGCGAUUCCAUGCGACGAUAUUACUAUACAGCCACGGAUGCAGCUUAUGAGAUCAGAGUUUUGAACAGAUGUUGAAGUAGGGAAAAGCAUGUAAAGUUUGUGAGAAAUCAUUUGCUAAUCUGUUUCCUUGCUGAUUUAUGGCCUACGUUGACAUAGUUCAUAAGGCCGAAAAUCACGGAAUGCGAAUUGUCAUUUUUUGUUUUUUUUGGGGGGGUGGAGGUGGAGGGUGGCAUUGCCCAUGUUCCCAGUAAAAUUAAAUUAAAUAGCAUAGAGCAGUAGAAGCGUAGCUUGUUAUUAAUGCAAGUGAUUGUGGCACUUGACUGUAUAACUAUUUAUACAUAAUAUAUAUGUAUAUAAGCUGUAAAAUUACAUCUUCUGGGAGUGACAGCACUUGUGUAAUAUGAACUGUUCAGUGUUCAUAAAUCAUCUGGACUUCCGCCUCAAGUUGGAACCUUGAGAAAUGGAAAUACAUUCUCAACCCACGUUCUUUAUAUUCUUUUUAUUGAUAGUUAAAAAUUGUCGCUCUCCAAGUGUCCAACCGUCC